GACGCUUUGAAUUCAAAUUUGAAUCUCAAACACCGUUCGCUUAGUAAGGGAACACGGCAUUAAAUAAAUUUUUUUCCGCCGUAACUGAUGCGGGCCGCCACGAAGAGUGUUGUUAUUCUUAUUUGUCCAAAUAUAGUACAGGAAGAAGUUUUAGCGGAGACUCACCGUGGUUUUUUUUGCAGUUCGUUGUUUCUCGACCCCGAGAAGAUAAAGAAAAAGAAUGGAUACUAAGUGGGCAAACAAAGAAUUCUCGAAGUCACUCGAACAGAUCCUCUACGCCCGCACGUACAACAGUAUCUUUCGGAACAAGAAUGACGUCUCCGACCUCUUGCACUGCGUCGGAGACGUGGCAUGGAAAGUGAACCGCUCCGAAAGACUAGAAAACAGUGCCACGGAUCUGGAGACGCUGAUUCAGAAGUGUCAGUGGCUGUGGCCUCUGCUGGCGCACGCUGAACAGGAUUUCGUACAACAGCGGGGGGUGCACGAGGACAUUGUGAGCAAGAUCACGGACGCGCGAACUCGCCGACUGCACACACUGCAACUGGAGGCGCUGGAGAAGUGGAUAGCGGCGUUGCGGGACCAGAUUUUCCAGCUGGAGGUGUUUCUUUUCAACCAGGACAUGCGCAGGAAGACUGAUGCCUCUGCAGCCUGGGGCCUGUCGAACGUGUGGUCGUUCCAAGAGAGGCAGAAGCACCUGAAGAAUCUCGUGGAAAACAUCGACACCGCACUUCGCGGGAGGGGGAGCUCUGAGCCGCAGGGAUGCGCAGUUGAAAAUGACGACAUGAAGGUUUUGAACUUUGUCGAGAAGAAGCUGCACAAGGAGGUCACAAUUCUCGAACCCGCAGUCGAUCGUGAGCAAGAGCCCCGGCUCGACGGGGGAGCGAGUAGUUCGAAAACCACGCGUUGCAGUUCUCAUGAGGAAAUUAAAAGCAGAGCACAAAUUGCAGUAACCGGAACGGUAAAAAACGCCACGUCUUACUGGGGAUUGGGAUCUGUGUUUGUGGUGUUGCUAGUGGCGAUCGGGUAAAUAGUGUUUUUUUUUCAUAAAUUCUUGAAAUAUGAUGUUCGCAUGAAAUAUACAACAAUUCCCCGGUGCACCUGCACGUGUGACUUCAAUACUGUAUCUUUCAAUUUGACAACUCUCCGACAGCCUCGGGUUGGUGCUGACGAGUGGGAAAUUUCCGUCCCGGAACUGGUAGGUAACCAAACCGGGUUCCGACGAUCCAACACGCUUUCCGUCCUCGCUGUUUUUGCACCCUGCAACGACCAAAGUCGGAAAAUUAAAAAACGGAGCUGGACUGCUGGAAUGUGAAAUGAAACUGGACAACGAUGAAGAUGGAUCAUUGAUGCGGAAAUCCACAGGAUUGUAAGGAAGUUCUGCGAUUUUGAUGGAAGUAUGCUAAAGUCAAAAUGUAAAAUGGAUAGACCGGUUGGGGUUCGCUUCACCGGGAAAGGAAGGAACGAGUGUAGCUGUUUGUAUGUAGAACUACUUUGAACUACUUGAAAUUGCGCUUCUUCGUGAGGCGAACUUCACGCCCUAGAAUAAAUUCUAAAAUGUCAAUGUGAGAACGAGAAUCGCAAGUUGUGGCACUACUUUGAAACCCUGAUGUGAUGCAAGGAAACCUCAAAAACUGUGGGAGCUCGUCUCCACUGCCUGGCGACCAUCGAUGUUGCGUACGUUUUUAAUGUCAAGGCAUUCUUGUUCAAC